AUGUCAGAUCUCGGUUAUAAUCCUUCAUCACCUAAAAAAGAAUACACUGGUAUAAAAACUAUAAGAUCUCUUACAAUCAAACAAGUAUUAUCUGCCGAACACGAAGAUGGUUCUACAGUAAUCUAUGUAGACAAUAAAGAACUUAGUACACUAAAAAUUAUUGGAUGGGUGUACAGUGUAAAAAGUACUAACAGUGGUAAAACUUUUAUUGUUGAAGACGGAACUGGAGAAAUUGAAUGCAUGUUAUGGGCUAAUAGGGCCUAUGAAGAAUAUAUGGCCAGUUUUAUUGAGGAUGGAAUACUGGUCAGAAUUGUAGGCACACUUAAAGAAUUUUUGGGAAAAAAAAAUAUUACUGUUUCUAACAUUUAUGUUGUAGAAGAUUACAAUGAAUUAUUGUAUCACAUGAUUACUGCAGUAAAAGAUCAUUUAUCUAAAAAAGAAAUAUUAAAUAAAGAAGAUAUGCAUAAAAUACACAGAGAUAUAUUAGAAUGUAUAAGGAACAAUCAAGAUGAUGAUACUGGUUUAGAUAUAAAAAUUAUUAUUAAAUGUUUACAAAAUGAAUACAGCGAGAGAAUGAUACGAGAAAGUUUAGAAUAUUUGGUAGAUAAUUGUCAUCUAGUUAUUACAAAUGAUGAUGGAUAUAAAACUGUUAAUUAA